UUCUUAUAGGUCAUUUUGACGGAAAGGCAAUGCCUAGUGCUGGAGUACUGCCAUUUCUACAGUCUUUCUUUUGUACCUUUAAUAACACUUGUCAUGAAACAGUCACUCAGGAUGAAGAACCGGGAAAUGUGGGAAACUUUGGAAAGUCCAUACUGACAAAUCUGGUUUUUGACAUUGAGGAAAUUCUGAACAGCAACAUUGACCGAGAGUUGAUCAGUGAUUUACUGGAGGACUGGGAAAUCAUUACACAGCUGAUGAACAAAAUCAGCAGUGGCAGUACCACAGGAGCAAUAAGGAUUGGAACAGUUUUGGGGAAUCCCCAAAACAUCAGUGAUGUUGUAAAGGAGAAGAAAAUCAACCUGUCUCUAGAUGUCUUAAUAAAUGUCAUGAAUGCCACCCUUGACUUUAAUCAGCUUAACAAACCAAGUCUGAAUAAGAUAUUUAAGGAUUUUGACACCUGCCCUGACUCACAGCAUAGACAGCCAGCAGCCCUGGAGAUCUGGCAGAGAAUCUGUGACACAGGAAGUGUGUUACACACCAUUGAUUUCCAUAGCGACGAGGCCAAGGAACGCAGUCAGAGGGAGAUCUGUGACCUUGACAAAGCCGACCUUGAACAUAUGUACCAGGCUUUCCGAGCUCAGUUCAGCAUCCAGAGAUUUUUUAUACAGAUGUUUAAAUUUAUAUUUCUGAACACAAAGAAAAUUCCAAAUGUUCAAGAUAUCUACAAAAGGUUUAAGAAGCUUAUAGGUGAUUUAACAUCCUUGAAGGAGUUAGAUAUAAAGAAGAUGGAGAAAUUUUUCAGAGACAUGAAUAAAAAGAAAAUAAAUUCCACACUGAUUGUCCAGAACUUGGGUGACUUUGUUUGUGGUGCCAACUCUUUUUUACGUGUACAAAGCAAACGUUCUGAGGACCUGUUUGAGAGAUUUCGAUCUCAUGGGCGACUGUCGAGGGGAGAAUCAGACGGGAGCACAACAACUAAUGAUUACGGAAAGGAUCGUCCAUUGUGUCGAGACCUGGUCAACUUCCUGAAUGAGGAUGUCCAGACUCAAAUUCUUUGGAAAAAUCUCAGACCAGUGGUUCUCGGAAGGAUCACAUAUGCCCCUGACACACCAUCAGUCAGGAAAAUCAUAGAAAAGGCUAAUCAAACAUUCUCAGACUUUGCCAGAGCUGUACAGUUGGCCAAAGACUGGGAAGGCUAUAUAGAGUCUGUACAGAAUCACUUUGCUGGGAGUUCAACAUAUGAUAUUCUCAGAAGGUUUUCUGGCUCUUGUCUGUGUGACCUGGUAGAGAACAUUACUAUGUCAGCCUUUGGUAAGACUAAGACCGUGGGGAUCUGUCGAUUCACCAAGACUCUGCUGAGCGGGAACCCAGACAUCGGAAACUAUAACUGGAGGGACAUCAUCAAGUUCACCAAGUCACUGGCCAGGGUCCUAGCCGAUUACGGAGAGUGCAUGGUUUUUGACAAGUUUGUUGGAUUUGCUACAGAAGAAGAGAUGCUCACAGAAAGCACAAAAAUGGUGGAAAACAACACACUGUGGGGUGCCUUGGUGUUUGAUAUCAACAAUGAAACACACAAGUACUCACUGCCUACUCAUGUCUCCUACAAAAUAAGGAUGGACGCGGACAGAGUGGACACCACAGACAGAGUACUAGACCAAGUGUACAAGCCUGGUCCUAGGAGAACCCCGGGUAAAGAGACAAAGUUCCUGACUUAUGGAUUUGCUUAUCUCCAGGACAUGGUGGAACACGCCAUCAUAAAGGUACAGACUGGCUCCGACAAGGACGUGGGUGUCAUGGUGGAGCAGUUCCCAUACCCCUGCUACAUAAGGGACUCGUUUACAUAUGCCAUUGAGAUAGUUCUUCCCUUGCUCCUCGUCCUGGCCUGGAUUCUACCAGUGGCCAUGUUGUGUAAGAAUAUUGUGUAUGAAAAGGAGAAGAGGUUAAAGGAAGUGAUGAGGAUGAUGGGAUUGGGUAAUGGAGUACACUGGCUGGCCUGGUUCAUCAAUGCGUUUGUUGUCAUGAUGUUCACCAUGGGACUUCUUGUUAUUCUAUUGAAAUUUGGUAAAGUCAUCCAGCACACAGACCCCACCGUUCUGCUGUUCUUCUUCAGUACCUUUGCCCUGGCCACCAUCAUGCAGUGCUUCUUCUUCAGUGUGCUGUUCCAUCAGGCUAACCUGGCAGCAUGUAGUGCAGGUUUCCUAUACUUCACCUUAUACAUCCCAUACGUUUUAGCUAAACGGUGGCAGGAGGUUCUACAUCUACCAGAAAAAAUGGCUAUUUGUUUAUCCUCCAGUAUUGCUUUUGGCUUUGGCUGCUUUAAGAUAUCCCAGUUUGAGCAGCAGGCAGUGGGGGUACAGUGGCACAAUAUCUGGGACAGUCCAAUGACUGGGGACGAUUUCUCCAUGAUGCACAUUAUCAUCAUGAUGUUCGUGGACACAGUGUUAUAUGGCCUGCUUACUUGGUACAUAGAGGCAGUGUUUCCAGGGGAAUAUGGAAUCCCAAGGCCAUGGUACUUCUUUGUACUGAAGUCUUACUGGUGUGGAAACCAAACCAAAGAAGGCAAUUUAGAAGAGGGCCUUUCACCUUACUUUGAUUCAGAAGGUAAACCAGUAGAGGAUGAGCCACAAGAUAAAACCUUGGGUGUGGGUAUCCGGGGUCUGAAGAAGGUGUACACUGAGGGUAACAAGGUGGCUGUUAAUGGACUGAGUCUCAACUUCUACGAGGGACAGAUCACUUCCUUUCUGGGUCACAAUGGAGCUGGCAAAACCACCACCAUGUCUAUUCUGACAGGGAUGUUUCCGCCUACAGAUGGCACUGCAUACAUUUAUGGAAAAGACAUCAGGAAGGAUAUGGAUGAGAUAAGACAGAGUCUAGGAGUGUGUCCGCAGCACGACCUACUGUUCCAAUUUAUGACGGUGAGGGAACACCUCUGGUUUUAUUCACAGUUAAAAGGUCUAAGUCUACAGGAGACGGCUAAUGAGAUCAAUCCAAUGAUUAAGGAUGUAGGACUGAGUCACAGGAAGCAUGCAUUUCCUCACAUGUUGUCAGGUGGAAUGAAGAGAAAGCUGUCUGUAGCAAUAGCAUUUGUAGGACAUGUGAAGACAGUUAUACUGGAUGAGCCUACAGCAGGAGUGGAUCCUUACUCAAGGAGGUCAAUCUGGGAAUUACUGCUCAAAUACAAAGAAGGUAGAACUAUAAUUUUAUCAACCCACCAUAUGGAUGAAGCAGACGUGCUUGGAGACAGGAUAGCCAUUAUCUCCCAGGGAAAACUCUGCUGUUGUGGCUCCAGCCUCUUUCUGAAAUCUCAGUAUGGCAAUGGUUACUAUCUAACAAUAGUCAGGAACCUGAGUGAAGACCACACUGAAGUCAAGGGAGAUAAAUGUGGAAAUGAUCAGAUGAGUCCUCUCCCUUUAAGGAAAAGUCCUAUUCCAGCUCCAAGAAGAAAAGCAAAUCAGAAAGGGGGUGAUGAGACAGAGGCCAUUCACCAUAGCAUAUCCUGUGUAGAGAAGUUAAAGAAAGAGGAAGGGACUUGUCACUCAGUAUGUGGAGCAGGGACCACAGGGGCCACUGUCAUAACAGAUGAAUUCCUCCAGUUUACUAGGAAGCGCCUGUUGGCAUUUGUGAAGAAGUUUGUGAAGAAGGCUAAGUUUGUAGAGGACAACUCGACAGAAGUCACCUUCCUGUUACCAGAGGCCAGCGCUCACAACGGAGACUUCGAGGACCUGUUUAUGGAGUUAGAAAGAUCCAGGAAAAAGUUAGGAAUCUCCAGCUUUGGUGUGUCAGACACUAGUCUGGAGGAGGUUUUCUUAAAAGUUGCUGAAGAGGAUGGAGAAAAACAGACUGAUGAAGUGAAAAGAAACAAAUUGGAAGAAAACACAGAUAGAGGAAGAGUGCCCCGGCCAGUAACCAAUCUGAGUUUCCGACAUAACAGGAAGGCCUCGUAUCUCAGAUCCCAGUCUGUGGAGGAGAAAAACAACAAAAUCAACCUGGAGGAGGGCAGUGCUGAUGGAUUCAAUCAUGAGCUACAAGAAAGAGUACAAGGGAAGAAACUCUUGUUCAUGCAGUUUUAUGCUUUACUUAUCAAGAGAUUUCAUCAUUUUAAAAGGAGCAAAAAAGGAUUUCUUUGUGAGAUUGUCAUGCCAGUGCUAUUUAUCCUGAUAUCCAUGGUGUUUGCCAAAAUAGAAUCUCCCUUUGCAGAACCCCAGCCAAUGACUCUGCACCCCUGGCAUUUUACACCAAAGAGAAAUGACCCACAUUUAUAUAUGUUCUACAGUUUGGAUGAAAAUUCUCGUUUGGGUAAUAACCUGGUCAGAACAUUGAAAUCUGAUUACGGCAUAGGCAACCGCUGUCUGGAUCCAGAGGUCUAUACAUUACAGGAGUACCCUUGUCGACCUCAGUAUGCAGCCAUAUAUAUAACGGACACUAGCAGCAACCAGACACAGGAUUGUUCAUGUAGCACGGGUGUACAGUAUUGUCCAAAAGGAGCAGUAGGUCCAGAGCCUCCCUUACAGAUGCUGGCCUCCACAGAUUACCUGUAUGACCUCACAGACAGAAACAUUUCUGAUUGGUUACUGAAGACGAAUGACCAGUUCAUUGGAAAAAGAUUUGGAGGAUUUUCUUUUGGAGAGAAGACUAAGCUAGCCAAACUGAACAAUAAGAAUGUACAUGAGUUACUACAGAAAUUCUCCUCUGUGAAGACCUCUGACAAGUCAUACGGCAUAGACAACAACAAAAUCUGGAGCAAUGUUGCUCUGUUAUUAAACACAAUGGCAACAGAAGAUAUUGCCAAGGUUUGGUACAACAACAAGGGUUACAUUGCGGUGGUGUCCUACAUGAAUGUGGUGAACAAUGUGAUAUUGAGGAGUAAGCUUCCCCGUAACAAGGACCCCUCCCAGUAUGGUAUCACGGUCAUCAACCACCCCCUACAGCUGUCCCAGCAACAGUCACAGCAGGAGUCCAAAUUUAACAGUAAGGCUGACGUGCUGGUGGCGACCUGUGUUAUCUUUGCCAUGUCUUUUAUCCCAGCCAGCUUUGUUAUGAUUCUGAUUGAGGAGAGGAUCUCCAAUUCUAAACAUCUUCAGUUUGUUAGCGGGGUCAAUCCGGCCAUAUACUGGUCAACCAACUUUCUCUGGGACAUGCUGAAUUACUCCAUCUCCUGUGUGCUGUGUGUGUGUAUCUUCCUGGGGUUCCAGGUGGAGGCAUAUGUCAGCCCCACCAACCUUCCCUGUCUCAUUCUACUGCUUAUCAUGUUUGGCUAUGCAUUGAUUCCCAUGAUGUACCCCUUCUCUCGUGUGUUUAAUGUGGCCAGCACUGCCAUGGUGACUUUGAAAUCUAUAAAUAUCUUUAUUGGGACCACGUCCACCCUGUCCACGUUUAUUUUAGAACUUCUUGCAGAGGAAGAUGAGCAACUGCAGUACAUCAAUGAACUGUUGAAGAACGUGAUGUUGAUUUUUCCUCAGUAUUGUCUGGGUCUGGGAUUAAUGGAGAUGUCAAGGAACCAACUCUAUUCUGAUGCAUUCAAAAAAUUCAAUAUGAAGAGUCGUGUAUCCCCCCUUCAGUUUGAUAUGGUGGGGAAGAACAUCCUGGCUUUGUUCCUGCAAGGGACCUUGUUCUUUUUCCUCAACCUUCUCAUUGAAUACAACUUCUGUUUGAAGCCAAGACAGAUCACAAUGAAGGACUAUCCGUACGGGGAGGAUGAUCUAGACGUGGAGAAGGAGAGGAGGCGGGUGUUAGAGGGAGGGGCAGCGGAGGACGUAGUCAGGGUCGAAAACAUGACCAAGAUUUAUAGAAUGGCAGAGGGAAAAUCUAAGCACACAGCUGUAGAUCGGCUGUGUGUGGGAAUUUCCAGGGGACAGUGUUUUGGAUUGUUGGGGGUAAAUGGAGCAGGGAAAACUACAACAUUUAAAAUGUUGACAGGAGAUAUUCCAAUAUCCAGUGGAGCAGCUUACAUUGCUGGUCAUAGUGUUAUAGAUGAAAUUGACACUGUACGGAAGUCUGUAGGCUAUUGUCCACAGUUUGAUGCCUAUGACUUUUUACUUACAUCUAAAGAAGUGCUAAUAUUUUAUGCUCGACUACGGGGAAUUCCCGAAAAAGAUGUCAACAAGGUGGCUGACUGGGGAAUCAAGAAGUUGGGACUGAUUCCUUAUGCUAACAAACUAUCAGGGGGGUACUCAGGGGGAAACAAAAGGAAACUGUCCACAGCGAUAGCUCUACUGGGAAAUCCUAAAGUCAUCUUCCUGGAUGAGCCUACCACUGGUAUGGAUCCGAAAGCCCGGCGCUUUUUAUGGACCUGUAUAAACAGUAUUGUCAAAGAUGGCCGCUCAAUCAUAUUGACUUCCCACAGUAUGGAAGAAUGCGAAGCUCUGUGUGGCAGGUUAGCCAUCAUGGUCAAUGGAAAGUUUAGAUGUAUUGGCAGUAUUCAGCACUUGAAAAACAGAUUUGGGGAUGGCUAUACUAUUCUGAUUCGAGUCUCGGGAGCUAACCCUAACCUGGAGCCAGUUGAGCGCUACAUAAACACAAUGUUCCCUGGCAGCACUCUGAAGGAGAAACAUCACAACAUGCUUCAGUAUCAGCUGGGCCCCACCAUCAAACUGUCCUACAUAUUUGGUCAGAUUGAGUCUGUACGGCAUGAGUUCUCUAUAGAGGAUUAUUCUGUGUCACAAACCACACUGGAUCAGGUGUUUAUUAAUUUUGCCAAGAAUCAGACUGAUGUUCUUCCUGAGGAAGAAAAUAUCCCAGAUACUACUCAAGCCACAGGUGAGAACGUCCAUUCCCUGGAGACUCAGUACCUUCAGAGUCUGAGAGUCAGCCAAACAGGAAGUACCAUACAUCUGAUUGGAAGUGAGGCUGAUGACCCAAUUUAUGUCAAUACAGCAUUCGUAUCAGAAUUAGAAGAAACUGAUGUUUGAAUUAAUUACUUGUGCAGAUUUUAAAAUGUUUUUAUUUAUUUUGGAUGGUUGUGUUGUAUUAAUGUUAUUUAUUUAUGGCUUUAAUGUGCUAUGUACUGUGUGUUUUCUGAUUAAAUGACAAGAUCUUUAUUUAUAUGCAAUAAAAAUUUUGAAUUUU